AUGCCACCCAAACCACCAAGAGAUAGCUCAAAUGAGAAAAACAACAAAGAAGAGCUUCCCCAGAGUCAAGGAACUAGAGUCCUACGUGACCGUAACCCAAAACCAGCAACGUCGCAAGGGCUGCCAUCAUCUUCGAGUAAUCAAUUCUCAGCCACGAACAAAGGCACGGGAUCUGGAGGUGAUAUCGGUAUAUUUAAGCAUCCUCGAGAAAUCGUAGACCGGGAUCUAGAAACUCGGAAACAGAAACUGAUUAAAACACUACAAAAUGCGGAAAAGGCAGCCGAGAUACCUGAUUUUGAAACGCAUCUUAGAGACCAGGCCCGAGCAAAAGAGCUCAAUGAGGACGAUCAAGAGGAAGUUGUAGCUGUGGCAAACAAAGCAGUCGGCGGGAGCAACAAAUUCAAAGCCGAUGUACGCUCGAAGGCUCAUGAGAAUCGAUGCGUGGCAACUUCCUUAUACGAAGACUUCUUGUAUUAUCAAACGCCCGAACAUCGGUUGCAGUAUAGGGAGGAAUUUGAUGAAAGGAUGCGUAUAACGGCAAAGCCCAUAAGAAAGGGACUACCGCCUGCUCUUCUUACAGAGGACGCAAAAUAUGAUAAGAAGUUGCGUCCGUUUAUUGAUCUAUUUGAACAGGAUAAUGUCGGAGCGACAGAGGAGAUAGACUACGAGAAGAUGGGUCCCAAUAACUUGCAUGUAAGACUUCCAAGGGCAAGAAGAUUUGCAGUAGGAUUAGGUAGGCCUAGAAAUCCACGUCUGCUGUCGCCAAUAAAACUGUCUCUGGAUAUUGAGGCAAUAGAGAGGAGACGAAGGGAGAUUGAAGACGCGGAAGGUGAUCAAUCUCUUACGUACGAAUCCCAUUCCGGGCGGCGGAAACGAGAUUUAGAACUUCCAUCACCUCUACCAAUAACUCGUGAUUCAAGCGGAACUCAUUUGGAGAGUGGACUGCACAUCGCAGCUAGAGAAACAUCAUUCGACUGGAAAACUUCCUAUGAUAAACGAGGUGCAGUAGCACCCGGCCGCACACUGAUCAUGCCAGCAAAGGCCACAUUGGAGCUACAAGGAGACGAGCUUAAUGAGUUCUCCAAGCCACCAAUGACGCCUAUCGAAUACAACGCAAGUGUUGACCACCAUCACGUCGAAACCACGUCUUGGGCAGAAGCUACAAACGGUCGUAGAGAAUGGGCGAAGGAAGAGACUAUGAACAGGAUGCCAGAAAUUGAUCUCGAAUCCAGUGAUGAAGACUCGAGUGACGACGAAGGCGAUGAGUUUGCUAUUAGCUACCGUCAAUGUAGUAGCCUGGAAGACUGUCCGUGCGGUAGUGAAGAUGAUGAUGGUCAUGGCGGUGAUAGUGGUCAUGGGCACGACAAAGAGGAGAAUAGUAGUCCCGGAGCGCCGCUCAGCAUCGCUGGAGGACCACUUGAUAAAUCGCAAACGACUCAACCCCGCACAGAGAGCGACCUCGACACCAAUAUUGUCUUGGAUCAAAACACCCCACCCACUACGAAGACUACACCGAGAACGCAGUCAGGAGCCGACAAGAUGGCUAGACCUCCGAUAUCAAGGCACAACUACAAGACCCCAUACGACCGCCACCAACUCCGACAAGGUCUUAAGUACCUGGGCCUAAGUCAGAACUCAUCUGAGCCGAAGGAACUCUAUGAACGCAUCAACAAAUGGGACAGGGAGAACGCGCCCGACGCCGUGCACAAGUAUAUCAUCAAGGACAAGCGCAUUGCAGUAUCCUUCAUGACCAACAAGAUUUUCGACGACGAUUGGAUGGCUCAGGUCAAGGCCAAGCUCGACGAGCAGGACCUGCAAGACGAGGAAUCUGGAGAGGGAUCAGAUGAGGAAUUCGAAGAGGGACAUGAAGACAAUUCUGAAGAAGGACAAGACCAAGGCUUCGACGAAGAGCAUGACUCUGACCCAGAAGACGUUGACAAAGAUGACAUGAACGUCGAUCAAGCUUCGGAACAAGGCGAUUCUGGUAAGAACUUAAUGGGUGGUGUGGUAGAAGGAGUAUUCACUAAGUCGACAGAGCAACAAACGACCAACCGUACGACCAUUGCGUCAUCCCACACUUCCAAGACCCCACGAGCGACUGAGUCUGGAAAGAAAGCCACUGGAGCCGCUGGGACUGAACCGCCGAGGAGGUCAGAGCGCAAUAUCAAAAAGUAG